AAAUACUUAAAGUGCAUUAAUACGCUAAUAUAUUACAUGUGGUCUAUUGUCGGCUCCCCACUCUGGAGAGGUCAUCGGUUCUUGCUUGUAACAGUCUUAAAACACACACGCUGCAAAACGUCUUCUGCCCAACGUAGGCAUACUGGCUUUCGUCUUUGUAAUGCCGAAUUACCCGCCUCGUCCGGACCUCAUUAUUCAAUGAGUAGUAACAAUCCUGAGGCCUCCACAGUUCAAAAACCCUCCAGCAAGCCCAGUACCAAGAGAAAGAAGGAAAAAAUUAGUACGACAUCAGAAGAUGAUUCAAUACCCAUUAAACAUUUGUCUGAUUCGGGAGGAUCGAGUCCACCCGAUGAUGAUGAGGUCCACUUAACUGAAGCCGAUGUGAGACUUGCGAUGCGAACGUUGAUGGAGCAACACCUUUCACAGAAAAACACUCUGAACAGAAUAGCUGAUGAAAAAUUAAAGAGGCAACAGAGACUGAUAAAGAUUGCCCAUGAGUCUCGUCUAAGACGUAUUGAAGAAAAGACUCAUAACUCUAUGAAACUUCUUGGUGCAGAUGGAGCGGCUCUGGGGGAUGGUAUUCUGCCACUCUUUAGUCAACAUCGAGGCGACUCAUCAAGCCUGGCAAAAGCCUCCAAUUCCGCAUCUAGCAUGACUGAUUGGCGCGCAUAUAAUCCGGUAUCGGGUAACACCCCGCAUGAGAUACCCAUCUCCACUGAAGCUGAUGAGGUGAGAGAUGAGUGGGAGUAUAAAACCCUGCAAUCGUUAUGUGAGCCGAAUUUAUCUGUGUACGACUCAGAGCACGACAUACGCAUCCGCACUGGGGACGCCUUGCGUGAAGAAGAGGAAAUAGCGCGCUCAACAGCAGCAGGUGUCGUUUUUGACGGUGAAGGGGCUGUAGAAGAUGGAUCAACUCAUAGUUUGCGUAGGAAAGGCGGCACGAGUAGUAAUGCAGUCUUAGAUGAUAAACCAAUCAGGCCGAUUUCCACCAGUAUGCUGCAAUACGAGGUAACAGCUGAGGAGGAUGAAGACUUUCCUGUGCACAUUUACGAAGCAGACAACGAUUAAUUCAUGUUGAUGUUUUAUGCAUUAAAUAGUGCGAUCACUUAAACGUUUGCUUGCAUGAUUGGUUGCAUAAUCACAAUAUAAAUAUCAAGAGCAAACGAGGUAAUCUCCGCAAACGAUCAAAAACUCAUCUUCGAUCUGUUGAAUCAUAUCAUUACUGUAUUUAUUUACUCCUUGAGACACAAA